CGCACCUGUUCUGACCUGCUGAGCAGGUUCCCAGUUUCUGCCGGAGCUGUUGGCCGCGGCGUGGGAAGCAGCUCUGGGGGAGCUCAGAGCUCCCAUCACGGCUUCUGGGGGGGCAGCUGCCGCCGGGUGCAGGACGGGCCGGUCCCCUAGGGGAGCCCCAGGAGGACGGGCAGGUCUGCCAGGGCCCGGACCUGUGACCCUCCCGCCCCGGCCAGCGCCCUCUCCAGCCCCAGAGCUGGAGCCCCGGGAGCGCCCGGCGGCACCUGAGGAACGCGGGGCAGCUCUGCGUGGGACCCAUGGCCCUGGCCCGCGGAGCCGACAUGCAGGGGCCUGAGGCCUGGCUGCCGCUGCUGCUCCUGGCGUCACUGGCAGGCCGCUGCCCGGCGGGCGAGCUGGAGGCCCCGGAGCUGGUGACGGUGGUGCUGGGCCAGGACGCGCGGCUGCCCUGCCUCUACCGCGGGGGCCCCGGCGAGCAGGUGGCGCAGGUGGCCUGGGCGCGCGCCGCCGCGGGCGAGGGCGCCCGGGAGCUGGCGCUGCUGCACGCGCAGUACGGGCUGCACGUGGGCCCCGCCUACGAGGGCCGCGUGGAGCGGCCGCCGGCGCGCGGCCCCCCGGACGGCCCCCUGGACGGCGCGGUGCUGCUGCGCAACGCGGUGCAGGCGGACGAGGGCGAGUACGAGUGCCGCGUGAGCACCUUCCCGGCCGGCAGCUUCCAGGCGCGGCUGCGGCUCCGCGUGCUGGUGCCUCCCCUGCCCUCACUGAAUCCUGGUCCAGCGCUGGAAGAGGGCCAGGGCCUGACACUGGCCGCCUCCUGCACAGCUGAGGGCAGCCCGGCCCCCAACGUGACCUGGGACACAGAAGUCAAGGGCACCAUGUCCAGCCGCGCCUUUGAGCACUCCCGCUCGGCAGCUGUCACGUCCGAGUUCCGCCUGGUGCCCAGCCGCAGCAUGAACGGGCGGCCCCUCACCUGCGUGGUGUCCCACCCCGGCCUGCUGCAGGACCAGAGGCUCACCCACACCCUGCACGUGGCCUACCUUGCAGAGGCCUCUGUGCGGGGCCUGGAAGACCAAAAGCUGUGGCAGACCGGCAGGGAAGGUGCCACGCUCAGGUGUUUGAGUGAAGGGCAGCCCCCGCCCACCUACAACUGGACACGGCUGGACGGGCCUCUGCCGAGCGGCGUGCGUGCGGACGGGGACACCCUGGGCUUCCCCCCGCUGACGGCUGAGCACAGCGGCGUCUACGUCUGCCGCGUGAGCAAUGACCUCUCCUGGCGGGAGUCCCAGGUCACCGUGGAGGUGCUGGGCAGCCUGUCUCCAGCAGACCCGGAGGCGGCCUCGGGGAAGCAGGUGGACCUGGUGUCGGCCUCCGUGGUGGUGGUGGGAGUGAUCGCCGGGCUCCUGCUCUGCCUCCUGGUGGUGGUGGUGGUGCUGAUGUCACGAUACCAUCGGCGCAAGGCCCAGCAGAUGACCCAGAAGUAUGAGGAGGAGCUGACCCUGACCAGGGAGAACUCCAUCCGCAGGCUGCAUUCCCACCACUCGGACCCCAGGAGCCAGCCGGAGGAGAGUGUAGGGCUGAGAGCCGAGGGCCACCCUGAUAGUCUCAAGGACAACAGUAGCUGCUCUGUGAUGAGUGAAGAGCCCGAAGGCCGCAGCUACUCCACGCUGACCACUGUGCGGGAGAUCGAGACCCAGACGGAGCUGCUGGCGCCCAGUCCCGGCUGCGAGCGGGCAGCAGGGGAGGACUGCGACGAGGGCAUCAAGCAGGCCAUGAGCCACUUCGUGCAGGAGAACGGGACGCUGCGGGCCAAGCCCACAGGCAACGGCAUCUACAUCAACGGGCGGGGCCACCUGGUCUGACCCAGGCCCACCUCCCACCGCCCAGCGCCUGCUCCCUCUGCUGACCGAGGACUUCAGCUCAUCUCAUCCCUCAACCCCCGACUGUUCCCCUUUUCCUCCAGCCCUGUGUCUGAUACCCAGAUGGCUGGAUAGGUUGAGUCCUUGCUGUGUGUGCAGGUCAGUGUGUGUGUGUGUGUGUGUGUGUGUGUGUGUGUGUGUGCACGCGCGCAUGCCUGUGCUGUGUGUCACACCAUCUGUCAGGAUUCAGUGCCCGGUGCUGCUGUGUCCAGUUCCCCGGGCAGCUGCAUGGAGUUGUGUGCCUGCAUGCAUUCCACCUGCAAACACAGGUGUUUUCUCAGACCCCAAAGCAGUAUUAUAAUAAUGCAGAGGCUGGAGGCUGCGGGCACUUCCACGUGUGCGGGCACAGCUGGAGCUGGGAUCUGACUCCUGGUCAGAGGGGGCUCCCAGCCCCGGAGGUCCUCAGAGGCUCCAGCUGGCACAGGAAGCCCUCUGCCCUCUAGUGGCUGGGCCUGCUGCUCGCACGUGUUUCUUUAAGGACCAGCCUGUGAGUCCCAGAGUAAGAGGAAGACUGGAAACAAGCUUUCACUCACACGACAUUCUCCUUCCCCGAAGGGAGGCCUCAGCACAGACCGCCCGGGAUAGCCAGGGGCCUCUGGGGGAGCCUGGAGCCAGUGGGUGUGCAGGUGGGAGUGGCCGUGGCCCUGGAGGCAGGGUCGGCCCUCUGUCCCCUGAGCCACUCUGCUUUCUUCCUUGUGGUUCAGUGGCCUGUGGGCCUGGGGGGCUGUUGGGACUUGGUGAUGAGGGUUCCUGUUCAGUUGUUGUUGGGGAUAGAGGGUGGGGGUUCAGGGGAUGCAAAGGGGCUGCUGGGGGCCUGACUGGCUCCUUCCCCUGGGGUCCUGGGGCCACCACCUCGGCUUUUCUGGUCCCUUUCUGCUGGAUCCACUCACACACGCAACCAGAGCACCCAGGGGACGGAGCAGCCAUGAGCCCCAGGCUCAGCCCAGCCACCACUCAGGCCUGCAAUGCGGGCUCCUGGUCACAGGAGAGACUGGCCCUGCUCCCCGCCAGCCCAGAACUUUGGAUCUGGGACCCUAGUGUGUACAUUCUAUGUAAAUAUGUUCAUAUUUGUACAUAAAUAAACAUGAUACCUGUUU